AUGUCAGACUGCUUGAACCCGUUUGCUGCCCUUCUACAACCUGCACAACUUGCGGCAGCGUUUCAACAAAACGUUUGUGAUAAUUCAUCAACAUUCUCAGAAUUAGAAGAGAAUGGAGAUGUCCUGUCGAACACGAACUCUUCUCCACCAUAUUCCCAAGCAGGCACCGAGCAGAUGCAGUACUCGACUCCAGAAUCAUGCAUGGAUCAGCGAACUGAAACGCCGUCCUCAGAUCAGAUGAAUGUCGAUUUUAGUGUAUCGAAUGAUUUUUCUCCCGACAAUGGAAUUGGUUCUGACCGGGAUCAAUCACCGGACUGUGUUUCUACUUCUUCCGGUGAACCGAAUCUGCUAGGUUUGAAGACGAUAUCAACUGAAGAUGCAGAACUUCAACGACAAAUUCUUCGUCUACAAUCAUUCAACGAUGAUGUCGACAAAAAGCCAACGUUGAGUCUCCUCAGCUCUCUGCACAACAAUCCACUCUUAGCCCAGAAAUUAGCCAGUUGUAUGAUUCCCGGUAUGCCGACACAACCAUCGGCCACCUCUUUGGCAGCUUCCCUCAGUCAAACACCCACCCACGAUAUCACGCCAACGAAACGGAAACGACAGCGGAGGAAUCCAGUAUGGCCGUAUUUCGAUGUUGUUGAUGGUACAGCGCGAUGCAAACAAUGUUUGUACAGCACUAAAUCGGUGUUCAGUACGAAUUUAAAAGUGCAUCUACGAUCACACCAUCGAGCUGAUUACGAAAAGGUCAUUCAAGCUGAAGAUGCUUUGAACCUGAACGCUUUACUUCUUAGCGGCAACUCGAGUAAGUUGUUCUCCACGGAUCUGACGCGUAAACGGAUGCCGCCAAUGACAAGCAGUAUAUUAAUGACGAUAAAUAAAUUGGCGAAUCAAUCGGCGGCCGACGACAACCCGUUAAACAGCGUGUUACGGCAAACGUUAGCUGCCGGCACUCUGAAUCAACAACUACAACAAGUACAACAUCAGUUACAGGUUCAUGCGCAACAAAGACAGCAACAGCAGCAGCAGCAGCAACAGCAACAACAACAGCAGCAGCAACAGCAACAGCAGCAGCACCAACAACAACAACAAAAACAACAACAACAACUACCGAUGGCGUUGAACGCGGCCAAUCUGGCGGUAUUGAAUCAGAUGGCACGGAAUCAACUGAACAGCGUACCUCACCUUCUUGCAGAAUUUCUCAGUAUGAUGCCAGAACAAUUCACUAGUCACCUAAGUUUUCUCAAUCAGAUCAAGAGAGACAUACCUUCAGCACCUCAUGGCACUGACGCUAACGGUAUGCCACAACCGAAGCGUCGACGUUUACGUCGUCACCCGGUGUGGAUGUUCUUCAAGGAUCUCGAAGACCGCAUGGUCGGAUGUAUCAACUGUAGCUUCCGUACCGGUUCAGCAUUUAGUACAAACUUAAAAAUGCACCUAAAAGCUCAUCACAAAGACGACUAUGAAAGGGUGUUGAAACUCGAGGGCGAUAUGCGUGUCGAGGAGAACGUCACCGGGCCGCCGAAUAAGAUUAAAAGCGAACUGAUUGACUUUAUUCGUGGUGGUGGAAAUGCAAGCACAGCUACGAAUGCAGCUCAUCCAUCUGCUCCCCGCGCCUCACCGCUCAUACAGCAGUUCAUCAGUCAAACGAUGGCCGCUCGUCAGUCCAACGAUUCUACGACGAAGAAAGAGAGUGUGGAGGACGAUCCGUUCAAUGGAAUGUCAAUGUCGGAUAAGUUGGCCGCCUUAGUUGGGCUCGUACCACCUCCGAGAUCUGCAGAAAGUAAAACCAAGCGAGAGAACGAACCAGAGGAGCCAGAGGAAGGGGUGCCAACAGUUCAGACCGCUUUUGAAGAAAUUCGACGAGCAGCCGACCAAAUGCUCGCUGCAAAUAUGGGUUUAGCUCCACCUCCUCAAGAACAGACGAUCGUGAACCUGAACGGAUCUGUCGUGACCAGCGAGACUCAGUCGACAUCUUCCAUAUCAACUGAUGAAUCUGAUGACAAGAAAGUCGACAGAGACAUGGCGCUCGCCAAAUUUUGGUUUUCCGAAGGAGCCAACAAUAACCUUCUUCAGAGUGAACAAUUCAAGGCAGUCAUCGAUCCUGCCACCAAUGCUGCUGUAGCUGACAUGCUUCUUUUCAACUUAAACUUACUAACACAACUGCUGUUUUGUUGUGAUGGAAAUGAAAAUUGGGCUGGAACAUCGUCUAACAUCUUUCCACAAUCGCCAGCAACUGUCGAUGUAGCAACAUUGACAUAUGAUGGAUUAUUUGAUUCCUUGACAUCACUUCAAAAGAAGUUCGGUAUCGAUGAGCUAACAUCCUAUGUUAUCACAAUCCAACUACUGAAUGCUUCAGCGAAAAACGAUGCCGAACAACUAAUAGUGGAUACGGUAACCGGUGGAUUGGAACGGAUUUAUAAUCUGAAGUUUGAGACGGAUCGUACUGAACGUACAAAGAAGUUGAUCUCAGAGAAAAUGAAAUUGAAGCGAUUAUUCGAAACAAGCGAACAACGUGAACAGCGCCUUCAACGAAUGAAAGAGCGAUAUCGUCUACAACGAAACGCGUUGGAUGGCGAUAAGUUAGAUAGGCGUAAGAAGGAGUUUCGAAAUGUGACUUCAUCGGGCGAUGAACACGAACGGGCAGCACUUGCAAAAGAGGAACGAUUGAUACGACUACGCGACUAUCAACGUCGUCGACUUCUUAACGAAAAGCCCGAGCAGAGGGCACGACGACUCGCAAAGAUGCGCGAGAAUCAAAAGCUGCGCCGAGCUCAGCAACUCGCCAGUCGGAAUGUGACGGCGAAUGUCGUGAGGAAUCUGGACUUUGUUCGCUCAUUGGCGCCUGAUUACGAGAUUCCUGAGGCGGGUGAUCUUGCUGGUCUUGUUGAUGUCGACAUCACUAGCACUCAGCAUCAAGAAUAG